AGCACCUUUCUUAUCACAGGCCGCAGACUGAUACAAGGCGUUUUGUUUCCAACUUGUUAACUUUGCAGGCAGAUUGGACCCGAGCCUGCAAAGUGGCGAUUAAUUGAACGUUGAUAGCGCUAUUAAUUGGAAGGUAUAAAUACGUCCGAUCACAGCGCUGCAACCCACUUGUAAUGGACUGUCGUAAGAGUUAUCACAACCAUCUGGUGAUAUAUUAUCGGACUACAGCGAGUAAUUCAUUCUGGCAUUGUUACAAGUGAAUGCUAUAUUAUUCAAUAAAGGAAAUAAAGAGAGAGAAAAAUACAAGGGAAAAACGUGUCUGGUGCAAAAAUAUAAAACAAUAAAAACUAGUCUGUUUUGAGGGUUUUCUGCUCAUCUUACUGUCCAUGGUUGAAUAUUGGAUAAACCACUACUUUUGUUUGUACGUUUGUGCUGACUGACUAACUGUUGGCAUUUUGACUGACAGCUGUCCUGAAAGAAUCCCUUUAAUCCCGUCAGUGGAGUAAUCACGUCAGCGGAGAGAUAAGCGGUGACGAGUCUCAACUCUUGCCUCCCCAACCAUGACGCCAGUGACGAGCGAUAACGCCACGGAGAAUACCACCACGGACAUGGCGACAGGACCCGAGCUGCGAAUCGUGAUGGAGGUGGAGGGCAACGCCGCCGCCAUCAUCGUGCCUAUUCUCUUUGGAAUCAUCUUCAUCGUCGGCAUCGUUGGAAACGGAACCAUCAUCUUCACGGUUUUGAGGAAUAAAGUGAUGAGAAACCUCCCCAAUAUUCUCAUCGUCAGUCUUUCGAUCGGGGAUCUCUUGCUAAUUUUCGUGUCCGUUCCUUUUUCCGCGACGCUGUUCACGUUCACGUCGUGGCCGUACGGAAACGCCAUGUGUAAGUUCAACUUCUUCAUGCAGACGUUUUCUCUGGGCGUUUCGAUAUUCACUCUGACCGCCCUGAGCAUAGACAGGUACUUUGCUAUCGUGGACCCGAUGAGCAAACAUACGGGGAACACCGUCGCAAAACCAGUCAUUCUCGUCACCAUUACCUGGCUGGCGUCUAUGAUUCUAGCUAUUCCGGAUGGGGUCUUCAGCCAGACGACCAUCAUGCAAAAGAGCAAUGAAACGGGAGCGUACGUCUGUUUGAGAUACCCGCCAAAGUAUUACCCAGAAUAUCCGAAAAUACAGACAAUUAUCAUGUUUCUGGUGUAUUUCGCGAUUCCGCUCGUAACAAUAGGCUUCUAUUAUCUGAUGAUGGCUCUAAUCCUUAUCAAGAGUGGGAAUACCAUGCCGUGCGAAAUGAAAGGAGCUCAAAACCAACAGAGACAAAUUGCCGCGCGGAAGAAAGUCGCCAAGAUUGUUCUUUCGUUCGUGUUGAUAUUCUUCAUUUGCUGGCUACCGCACCACAUUUUCAAAAUAUGGUUCAACUUCGACGACUCUCAAUACAAUGCAUUCUGGCAUGGGUUUCAGAUUGCUGGGUUCUGCCUCAAGUUCAUCAAUUCGUGUGUCAACCCAUUUGCGUUGUACUUACUAAGCAGUCAGUUCCGCAAGUUCUACAAACGUUACCUGUGUUGUUGCUUGCCCAAACCGACCAGGUACACCUGCUUGGACCAAACAUCGACAUUACACAAUUUUCAAAGCGACGUCAGGCGUGCUUCAACCCAGAACACCAUUGCUCACUCGGUAUCACAGUCAAUGUGUUGAACAGUUUUGAUUGUACUGACCUUAGUGUGAAAUAGUUUAUUUAUAACUGUUACAGCUUCCUUUUUAAUCGUUACAUUGUACAUUUGGGAAAAUGCAAUGUGUUUCUGGUCGUCCUGGCAUCUACAGUAGAUUACAAUUCAGUUUUGUUGAAACAGAAAAAAAGUACAAAACUAGGGUCAGUAACUUUAAUGUUUCCAUCCAAAGAGUAAUACCUUAGUUUUGUGACAUUGCAGACAGUAUUUCGGUGCCACAAGUUGUGAUGUCUUUCGUGUCUUAGGCGUGUAGCUUUGAUUUUCUAUUGUCUGUAUAUCAUGGAUGUCUACUACGAAAUGGGGAAAACAUAUGACUAACUCAGAGACAAACACUGAGAGACAAACACUAAGAGACAAAAACACAACAAAGAAUAAAGGUUUGUGAUCUUACCGAUUGUGAUAUGUCUUUUAGGUUUGGGACGAACUGUAAUUUUGAUGGUGUUAACGAUUUAUAUUGCGAAGACGAAAUCAGGAAUAUUUUGAGAAACAAAUAUAAUAUACUAGAGUUGUGAACUAAUAAAUUAUAAAUACUGUUGGUGA